UCUGUAACUUUACAUUUGGACACAAGACAUGUAAUUGCAAAAUCUUUGACUUAGUGAACUUGAUAAAACAUUUGUGCUUUAUCAGAAGCACGUUACUUAAAACGUUUUUGUUUCUGCAUUCGGUUCCAUCAUCAGUUUGCAUUUCGGCUGCGAAGAAGCUAUCGGCUUUCCUCAAUCAUUUCGAUUUAUUCCCGGCCAGCAAUCUUUAUUUCGCGAGAUAACAACAACAGCAGCAGCAGCGGGAAUAGAGGAGAGUCUCUGCUUGCCUUGAAGACCGCGGCGCUGCCUCUACCCCGGGACAUUCACUCCAGCUCCCUCUCUUCCUGAUUUUUCGACUUGUGAGUGAGAAGGUGUGGCUGCAUUCGAGGGAAUUGGCGGCGUAACCAUUCCCCCAGUUCUGGCACCGCCUGGCUUUGUGAAAGGUGCAAUUUGUGUUAUGUAACAGGAAGUGUCACUCAUGGUUCAAUAUAAAAUGCCAAUCUCGUGAGCAGCGCAUCCUCGAGUCACUAACAAAAGUCGGAGCAAGAGGGGCAUCUCUCAGUAACAAUUCAUCUAAGGACAUUACCAGUUGAAAAAAACUUGAAGAGUGGAAUGAAUGAUAUACAGCAGUAGAAAGACCUACCUAUCCCAAUAUUGUAACAGAAGGUUAUUGCUUGCACUGAGAAAUGGCAAGAAAAUUUUCUAAUUUGGAAAUUUUACUGUUUGUUUUGUUCACCUUGGUGCUUGCCGUGGCCAUUGUGUUAUGCGUGCUUUUGGCCACUAACCAACAACCAAAUACGCCCCCUCCAGACGAAACCCAGCCUUUCUUUCCUUACUGUCCAUUCAAUGUUCAUGAUAGUGAUCGAAUUGACUGCUUUCCAGAGCAUGGGUCCACAAAGGAAGACUGUGAAGCCCGGGGCUGUUGCUGGAAACCAGUGACAAGUGGAAAUGGGCCCUGGUGCUAUACUGCUUCGAAUGUUGGAUACCGAAUACGUGAUAGUCAAACUGAAACCCCAACAGGGUUUGAGAGUGAGUUGCAUCGAUUGCCCUCUCCCUCUCUUUAUGGAAAGGAUAUUGAAACAUUGCUAUUGACUGCGGAAAUGCAGACAGCAAAUCGCUUUCGAUUCAAGAUUACGGAUGCUUCCAAUCAUCGGUUUGAAGUUCCACAUGAAAACAUUAAAGCAUUUAAGGGUCCGGCAGCAGUGAAUCCUAAUUACGAUGUUGAACUUAAAAAGAAUCCUUUUGGAAUUGCAGUCAUCAGAAAGUCCACCAGAACUGUCCUAUUUGAUACUUCAGUUGGACCAUUGGAGUUUGCUGAUCAGUAUAUACAGAUAACUGCUAAACUUCCCAGCCACAACAUCUAUGGACUAGGAGAGCAUGUUCAUAAACACUUUCGGCACGACACUAACUGGAAGACGUGGCCUAUCUUCAGCAGGGACGCAUUUCCUAAUGGGGGGAUGCAUAAUCUCUAUGGACACCACACUUUCUUCAUGUGCCUGGAAGGGGAGACUGGUUUAGCCUUUGGUGUGUUUUUGCUGAAUAGCAAUGCUAUGGAGGUCGAACUGCAGCCAAGUCCAUCAAUAACAUACAGGAUCGUAGGUGGAGUUCUGGACUUCUACAUCUUCUUAGGAUCUUCACCCGAGGAUGUUGUCCGUGAAUACUUGACGCUGAUUGGCAAACCCAUGAUGCCCCCAUACUGGUCUCUCGGAUUUCAACUUAGCCGCUGGGGCUACAAAAGUCUUGAUGAAGUUAAAGCUACUGUGGAAAGGAACAGAAAAAUAAAUCUUCCAUAUGACAUCCAGAUCACUGAUAUUGAUUAUAUGGAAGACAAGAAGGACUUUACGUAUGACUUGGUAAAAUUUCGCGAUCUCCCUCAAUUCGCUCAGGAUUUACACAGCCAUGGACAAAGGUACAUCAUCAUUUUGGACCCAGCCAUCAGCAUCCAGAGCCGGAUAGGUGGCCCAUACCAUUCAUAUGUCAGAGGAACGCAAAUGGGAGUCUGGAUCAAUGAGUCUGAUGGGAAGACACCCCUGCACGGAGAGGUUUGGCCAGGUGAAACAGUCUUCCCUGACUACACGAAUCCCCAAUGUGUGAAGUGGUGGAUAGAUGAAUGUGAAAAAUUCUAUCAAGAAAUAAAAUACGAUGGGUUAUGGAUUGACAUGAAUGAGGUGUCAAGUUUCAAAGCUGGCUCAAUAAACGGAUGCAAUAAAAAUGAAUGGAACAACCCUCCCUUCAUUCCAAGGAUUCUUGAUAAAUUAAUGUACUCCAAAACGCUCUGUAUGGAUGCCAAACAGACUCUGGGAAAGCACUACGAUCUUCACAGUCUUUAUGGUCACACAAUGAUAGUUGCAACUGAACAAGCCAAUACGCGUGUGUUCCCUGAGAAACGUAGCCUUAUUCUAUCUCGAUCCACUUUUGCCGGCUCUGGAAAAUACGCAGGACAUUGGUUGGGAGAUAAUGCAGCCAACUGGAACGACAUCAAGUGGGCGAUCCCGGGCAUGCUGGAGUUUAGUCUCUUUGGUAUUCCCUACAUUGGUGCAGACAUUUGUGGUUUCUUUGAUAAUACAACGGAAGAACUGUGCAGGAGAUGGAUGCAAGUUGGAGCCUUUUAUCCAUUUUGUCGUAACCACAAUGCAGAAAAUUAUGAACCUCAAGACCCAGCUUAUUUUGGUGAAAACUCUCUUUUAGUGAACAGUUCCAGGCAUUACCUGAAUAUUCGCUACACGUUGCUCCCCUAUCUCUACACCCUGUUUCACAAAGCCCACGUCUACGGGGACACUGUAGUUCGGCCUCUACUCCACGAGUUCUCUUCAGACAAAGAGACAUGGACUGUUGAUCGGCAGUUUCUAUGGGGACCUGGUCUUCUCAUCACUCCAGUGUUGGAUCCUGGUGCUGAAUCUGCCCGCGCUUAUAUUCCUGACGCCGUUUGGUAUGAUUACGAAGUAGGUGCUGCUGUAACACUUCGAAAGCAGUUUGUAGAUAUGGUUCUACCAGCGGAUAAACUGGGACUACAUGUCAGAGGAGGAUUUAUCUUCCCUACACAACAGCCAGCCAAAACUACAUUUUAUAGUCGGAAGAAGCCUCUCAGUCUCCUCAUUGCCCUUGAUGAACAAGGAAAGGCCAGUGGAGAUUUAUUCUGGGAUGACGGAGAAACCAAAGAUACGUUCGAAAAGGAAAUGUACAUUCUCUACCAUUUUUCAAUUAUGGAGAAUAUUCUACACAUCAAUGUAAUGAAGAACGGAUACACUGAUGCAGACAACCUUUCAUUUGAAGAAAUAAGAAUUUUUGGCAUCUUGAGUGCUCCAAAAUCUGUCAAUGUAACCGAGGGCACUCAAGUUACAAUGAUACCCCCGGAAAAUAUCAAUUAUAAUGCAGUCACUAAGGUUGCUCUGCUGACAGGUUUACGACUUCUAUUCGGGAAGUCGUACACGGUGCAGUGGGAUUCUCAAAAGUUUGUCAAAGUCGACUGCUACCCAGACGAGAAUUCAGAUGAAUCUGCCUGCAGAGCACGAGGAUGUUCAUGGGCUAAAUCCGACGGUCCUGCUGAACCUUGGUGUUUCUACGAAAGCGAUUAUGGUUACGUAAUGAGCACAGCCAAAGGGAUCAAGCGGACAACAAAUGGAAUGAGUGUUGAAAUUAAACGGAAUACAGCAUAUCCGAGGCGAUACGAAAAGCAGACGCCGACUGUGGAAACGCUCCAGGUCGAUGUCAGAUACUUAAGUAACCAUAUGUUGAAUUUUAAGAUUUUUGAUCCCCUGGAAAAGCGAUUUGAGGUUCCAAUCCAAUUAAAUCUCCCCAACACGACUGGCGGAAAUAGUGAUUCAAGACUUUAUGACGUUGAAUUUGUCAAUAACCCUUUUGGUAUACGAGUCAAACGAAAGAGUACUGGAACAAUAAUCUGGAAUUCUCAAGUACCCGGCUUCACUUUUACUGAUCAAUUCAUUCAAAUCAGCAAUCUGCUGCCUUCAGAGUUUAUUUAUGGUUUUGGAGAAACGGAACAUAGGAGUUUCCGACACGAUCUGCAGUGGAAUACGUGGGGAAUGUUUGCCAAGGACCAGCCACCGGGGUAUAAAUUGAACAGCUAUGGGAGCCAUCCCUUUUAUAUGGGUCUUGAAGAUGAGAUCGAAGCACAUGGUGUGCUAUUAUUGAACAGCAAUGCGAUGGAUGUGACUCUUCAGCCAACUCCUGCUGUCACCUAUCGCACUAUUGGAGGAAUCCUAGAUUUUUAUAUGUUUCUUGGUCCAACUCCAGAAGAAGUGGUCAAACAGUACACAUCACUUAUUGGACGUCCAAUCCUGCCCCCCUAUUGGGGACUGGGGUUCCAGUUAUGUCGAUAUGGAUACAAGAAUCAUCAGGAAAUAGCUGAUUUAUACAGAGACAUGAGGAAUGCCGGUAUACCCUACGAUGUCCAACACGUUGACAUUGACUUCAUGGAGCGGCAGUUGGAUUUCACCCUGGAUGAGGAUGACUUCCAGGGUUUGCCAGAUUUGUUUAAUCAAAUGAGAAAUGAAGGGAUGAGAACCAUCAUCAUUUUGGAUCCAGCAAUUUCAGGGAAUGAAACCCGGUCUUACGAAGCAUUUACCAGUGGAGUGCAGGAAAAUGUAUUCAUUACGUGGGAAAAUAGUUCUGACAUCAUGUGGGGAAAGGUAUGGCCAGAUCUCCCAAAUGUAUUUGUAGACACAACAAAAGACUGGGAUUAUCAAGUGCAACAUUAUCGGGCUUAUGCUGCUUUCCCGGACUUCUUCCGCAAUGCAACAGCAGAUUGGUGGCACACAGCGAUUAAAGAUUAUUACACCAAUCCAUCGAACUCAAGCAAAAGUGUGAAGUUUGAUGGCAUUUGGAUUGAUAUGAAUGAACCAGCAAGUUUUGUUCAUGGAUCUACUGAAGGCUGUUACAAUGUAACAUUGAACAUGCCACCUUAUAUGCCAGCUCUUGAAUCAAAACACAUGGGGUUGCAUCACAAGACUCUGUGCAUGGAGAGCAAACAGUUUCUGGCAGAUGGAACCGCAGUCAGACACUACGAUGUGCACAAUCUGUAUGGAUGGUCACAAACAAAACCAACAUUGAAAUCUCUGCAGAACAUAACUGGACAGCGAGGGGUUGUGGUGACCCGUUCAACGUUCCCGUCUAGUGGCCAAUGGGCAGGGCAUUGGCUGGGAGACAACACGGCAGCCUGGAAUCAGAUGCACAAAUCAAUCAUUGGAAUGAUGGAGUUCAGUCUAUUUGGAAUUUCUUAUACGGGAGCAGAUAUCUGUGGCUUUUUCCAGAAUUCUACCUACGAACUGUGCCUGCGAUGGAUGCAACUUGGAGCGUUCUAUCCGUAUUCUCGGAAUCACAACGGACUAGGGUUUCACAGACAAGAUCCUGUGGCCUGGAAUGAAACGUUCCAGAACAUCACAAGGAAUAUUCUACAAACACGCUACAAGUUGUUGCCGUAUCUCUACACACUCAUGUAUCAAGCUCAUGUUGGUGGGAGCACAGUCGUGAGACCACUGCUUCACGAGUUUUUUGAGGAUAAAGCAACGUGGGGAAUAGAUCGACAAUUUCUCUGGGGUGCAGCAUUAAUGAUUACUCCUGCGUUAGACGAGGGAGUAACCACCGUGCGUGCCUAUAUCCCAGACUCUCGCUGGUAUGACUGGUUCACAGGUGAAAGACUUUUCAAAAGACUGAGUUGGAUCCAGAUGUUGACACCGCUUGAUCACAUCAACGUUCAUGUCCGAGGAGGCUACAUUAUUCCCUGGCAAGAACACGGGAUCAGCACACAUUACAGUCGGAAGAACUACCUGGGAUUAGUAGUUGCUAUGAAUGACAACAAUGCUGCCAAAGGACAACUUUUCUGGGAUGAUGGUCAGAGCAUUGAUACCAUUGAAAGGGGAGAGUACUUACUGGCUGAAUUCACUGUUAAUCAGAAUACUCUGAAAAGUAGAAUAUUGCAUUCUAACACAAAGAGCACAGCACAUUACUUGAAAUUAGGAUACCUUGAUGUGUGGGGAGCAGGGCUUAAUCCGCCUACAUUUGUCAUGGUGACACAUAAAAACGUGACCUACAACAUCAACAGAUUUACGCACUCUCCUCAGUUGUCGAAACUUACUAUUGAUAUGACAGACCAUACCUUUCAGAUCGAUGUGCCAUUAACAAUCAUUUGGAAAACAUAACCUAGACAUUAAUUUAGUAAGCAUCAAGGAACACUAAUGGCAUGCAGAUAGGUUUUGGAAGAAUUUCAUUAUUACAUUUUCAUGAAUGAAGACUUGGAAGAAAUUUUGUGAAGAAACUAAACAGUGCAAUAAUUAAAAACGUUGGAUUUUUUAAAAGAUGAUUGCAAAUAAUAAACUUUUACUGCACUUCUAAAUGAGGAGUUAGU